AAUUGAAGAUUGAGACUCUCCGCACAUUUUUCUUUUGCUUACCAUUAUAACAACCCAAUUACAAAAGAAAUCCCAUUAAAAAGUAAAGAAAACCAGACCUUUUCUCACUUUUCCUUCCACUCUUCUUAUUCUCUUCUUUUCAAACGACAGAAAGAGAGCAGGGAAGAGACAAGUGUUUUGACUUUCUCCAUUUGCUGGGGGGAAGAAAAUAGAGAGACAAAGGUUGUGUGUACAUAAAAUAGCAAGAAAUGUGGGGCGUGCCACUUGGAGGGACAACAUGUGUAAUUGGUAAUAGUCUGAAUCUGGAGCUCAAGAUCCCAUUUCGCUUUCCUGUUUCCAGUUUCAGGGCUUCUCCCAAAUCAUUCUGUUCUCUCCCUGCAUCAGGUUUAUGUAGGGCCAGUCAAGUUGCUGAGUUUUUUCCUACUAUAUCACCUGAGGUUUAUGUUAGGGAGGCCAGGGUAGAAGACUGCUGGGAAGUGGCUGAGACUCACUGCAGCUCCUUCUUCCCUGAAUACUCUUUCCCUCUAGAUUUUGUUUUGAGAAUUGACAGGCUGAUAGCAAUGCUUUUUGGAUUCUCCAUUCCAAAUGGAUGCCAGCGAACUUGUCUUGUUGCUGUUGUUGGCAGCAAAGAUGAAGAGGCUUGCUUAUUAAGUACAGAAGAGCUCAAACUUGGAGAAUUUGAUGGACGAUUAAGUCUCAACAAGGGUUAUGUGACUGGAAUAUUGACUGUGGAUACUGUAGCUGAUUUCCUUCCGAGAAAAGGACCAUUGCGGCAGAGGAGGAAAGGGAUUGCGUAUAUAUCAAAUGUUGCAGUACGGAAAGGAUACCGUCGAAAAGGCAUAGCAAAAAAACUCAUAUUGAAAGCGGAGGCACAAGCCAGAAGCUGGGGAUGCCGUGCAAUUGCUUUACAUUGUGACACUAGCAACCCCGGAGCCACAAAAUUGUAUAUAGGACAAGGCUUCAGAAUCAUCAAAGUGCCAGAAGGAGCAAACUGGCCUCAACCCAAGACUUCCCCAAAUGUCCAGUUCGGCUUCUUGAUGAAACUGCUGGAUAUAUAAGACAGUUUAGUGAACAACUGGGUGUGUGGUACUUGUAUAUAUGUACUUGUGAAAUUAAAGGGAAUAAGCCAUAGCUGUAAUUAUUGUUUAGCCUAGUUAACAUUUCUCCUUCAGAAGUUUCAGUUGUGUACUAAGUCUGGAUGCUUGCCAUGCCAAUAAUACUUGGUUUCAUAGAUUUCUGAUAAA